ACUAAACGUAAUUAAACGUCAUCUAACUUCUUUCAACAGCGGAUUCAAUUUUGUUUUGAUUUUUGUUUAAACAAAUUUUGUCUGCAAAAAAUUAAGCCAAACCAUGUCCAAGCAAUAUGGUCUAAUUAUUCCUGGUAAACAAAAACCAAUAGAACCUCCAAAGAGCGACUUUUCAAAACCAUCGAUUUUUGGCGAGAGCAGUGAAUCCGAUGACGACCAUGGACUACCUCAGUUAAAGAUGAAAUCUGCUCCAUAUGCUCCUGGUGCUACAGAAAAAAGAAUUGCAAAAAAAUUGCAAGAAAAAGCUCUCAAAGAAGAUCCAACUGUAUUCCAAUACGAUGAGUUGUACGAUGAAAUUGAAAACAAACGCGACGAAGCAAAAAAAGCCAAAAGCAAUGAAGUCAAGAAACCAAAAUACAUUGGUCGUUUGCUGCAAUGUGCCGAGAAGAGAAAGCUGGAAAAUGAGAGACGAAUUGAGCGAAUGGUACAAAAAGAACGUGAACAAGAAGGUGAAGAAUUCAAGGACAAGGAAUCAUUUGUCACAUCCACAUAUAGAAAAAAACUUGAAGAAAUGCAAAAGGCAGAAGAUCAAGAAAAACGAGAGGACUAUCUAGAGGCAAUUGGUGAUGUGACAAAACAGAAAGAUUUAGAUGGUUUCUAUCGGCAUUUGUAUGAACAGAAAUUGGGACCAAAAGAAAGCACAAAUAAAGUGAUUGCUUUACCGGAAGUAGUUCCUCCUCAAGACGACGAUAAUAUUGCUUAUAAGCCAAUUAAAUCCGGUAAACCAAGAGCAUAUCGCAAACGUAAGUCUUCGGCUGAAGAAGAGGAAGAAAGUGUUACAACAGAACCCACAAAAAGAGCCCACAUUCAAUCCAAUCUGGAUGCUGACUCUGACUUUAGUAUUGAUUCUUCGUCCGAUGAAGAUGAGACUUCUAAAAAGAAAACCAAUAAUUUAAGUGUUGAAAUAAAGAAAGAACCAGAAGAGGAAGAAAAACAACCAACAGCUGAAGUUACAUUUGCAGUUCCUAAAGAAAUUAAAUUGGAAACAGUCAAGAAGGAAGAAGAAAUUGUGGAAGAAAAAGAAAUUGUAAGUAAACCAACAAUAGAUAGGACAUUGAUAUGGAAAAAACGCACCGUUGGAGAUGCUUUCGAUGCAGCUCUGCAAAGAUAUUUUCAACGUAAAGCUGCCAGAAAUGGUUAAAUGGGUUAGUGGGUAGAACUAAGCAGAUUUUUUUUUAUUCUUAAUAAAUACAAAUAUAAUUUAAUCAA